CUGCGUCACAGGGGCGGUGCCCUCAGGUACACACACCAGCAACGGUCACACAGCGCACAGAGGAGUCAGUGUUUUCUCGGCUCCUUACUCGCGCACUCGUGGACUUUCCUCAGCCUGAAGGUCGAGUCCCGCAGAAAGAACCGGAGGAGGCACCGAGGUUCAGCGGAGGAGCACCCAAGGAGCAGCGGAGGAACCGCCGGAGGAGCAGCGGAGCAGGAUCAGCGGAGGAGCACCAGAGGAGCACCAGAGGAGCAGGAGCAGGGCGGAUGUUCAGCUGGGUGAAGCAGGAGCAGGGUCGCAGCCGGGAGGGAGAGAUGUACCAGACGGUGACCGAGGGGCUCCAGAGCCUCUACACGCGGAAGCUGCUGCCGCUGGAGGAGACCUACCUCUUCCAUGACUUCCACUCCCCGGCCCUGGAGGCCGCGGACUUCCAGAGCAAACCCAUGGUGCUGCUGGUGGGACAGUACUCCACCGGGAAGACCACCUUCAUCAGGUACCUGCUGGAGCAGGACUUCCCGGGGAUGAGGAUCGGUCCGGAGCCGACCACCGACGGCUUCAUCGCUGUGAUGUACGGAGAGAACGAGGGAGUGGUGCCUGGAAACGCUCUGGUGGUCGACCCCAAGAAACCCUUCAGGAAACUCAACGCGUUCGGAAACUCCUUCCUGAACAGGUUCAUCUGCUCUCAGAUGCCCAAUCAGGUUCUUCAGAGCAUCAGCAUCAUCGACACUCCUGGGAUCCUGUCAGGAGAGAAGCAGCGAAUCAGCAGAGGUUACGACUUCGCGGAGGUCCUGCGCUGGUUCGGGGAGCGGGUGGACCGCAUCAUCCUGCUGUUCGAUGCCCACAAACUGGACAUUUCUGACGAAUUCUCCGAGGCCAUCAAAGCCUUCAAGGGCCAAGACGACAAGAUCCGAGUGGUCCUGAACAAGGCCGACCAGGUGGACACCCAGCAGCUGAUGCGAGUGUACGGCGCCCUCAUGUGGUCACUGGGGAAGGUGAUUAACACUCCGGAGGUGGUGAGAGUUUAUCUUGGUUCCUUCUGGGCCAAACCACUGCAGAACACUGAGAACAGGCGUCUCUUCGAGGCGGAGUCUCAGGACCUGUUCAAGGACAUCCAGAGUCUCCCGAGGAACGCUGCCCUCCGUAAACUCAACGACCUCAUUAAGAGAGCUCGUCUGGCCAAGGUGCACGCUUACAUCAUCAGCUACCUGAAGAAGGAGAUGCCGUCUCUGUUUGGACGAGAGAAGAAGAAGGAGGAGUUGAUCAUGAGGCUGCCGGAGAUCUACACCAUCCUGCAGAGGGAGCAUCACAUCAGCCCCGGAGACUUCCCCAACGUCACCAAGAUGCAGGACAUGCUGCAGCACUGCGACUUCAGCAAGUUCCCGUCCCUGAAGGUGAAGCUGAUCGAGUCGGUGGAUAAGAUGAUGGCCACAAAGAUCGCGGGUUUGAUGGCGAUGAUCCGAGAGGAAGAGUCCAAGGCCCCGCCCUCCCUGGUGUCGGGCGGGGCCUUCGAGGGCUCUCAGGACGGCCCCUUCGGCCGGGGCUACGGCGAGGGCAUCAGCGCCGGGGCCGACACGGAGGACUGGAUCGUGAGCCGCGACAAACACCGCUACGACGAGAUCUUCUACACGCUGAUGCCCGUCAACGGCAAGAUCACCGGCGUCAACGCCAAGAAGGAGAUGAUGAACUCGCGGCUGCCGAACACCGUCCUGGGGAAGAUCUGGAAGCUGGCGGACUGCGACCACGACGGGAUGCUGGACGACGAGGAGUUCGCCCUCGCCCAGCACCUCAUCAAGAUCAAGCUGGAGGGCUACGAGCUGCCCUCCGACCUGCCCGACCACCUGAUGCCCCCGGCCCACCGCAAGGACCCCACCGCCGACGCCCUGUACAGCAACACCGAGGACUAGAGCGCCACCAGGGGGCGACUGGAGAGACUGACUCAGAGGAAGUCCACUGCUGCUGGUGCUCAGACUGAGAGGGAACCAAUCAGCAGGCCGACGGCUGCAGAGGGUCAAAGGUCAAAGUUCAGGUGUUUUAUAAUGAGGAGCUCGACACUAAGAUGAUCACUUACUGAGUCCAAAUAACCUGCUUUUAUUUUGGUAAGAGUUUAUACGUCAGUUAUUUUAAAGCAGCAAACAACACUUUUAUUGUGAAAGAGAACAAUGUAUCCAGAUAUUUCCUGCUACAGCAACACGACUACGAGAGUUGCAUCAAAUCUGCUGCAGAUAUGUAUCCACACAACUCUAUGGCAUUAUAUGAAUUGAUAAUAAUUAUGUGUUUUUAUUCUGAAGGCCAAAUACACUUUCCAGUUGCCUGACUGUAGAGUUUCCUGUAGACUGGGGGACGUGAUUAUUCUUUGUCUCCACCUCGUGACCCGAUCGUCCAGAAGAGGAUUAGAGCCUCGUGGAAAAUACAGAUUCUGAAACUAGGCUGAGUGAGAAGUUUGUUUUCAUGAGGCUCUAAUCGACCUCUGCAGCUCGAGGUCAGAGAUGAUCAGUCUGAAGCAGCGAGGGAAACCUCCUCCUGAGCUCCAUAACUCAAACAUCUGAUAUUUGAAUUAUCGAGCUCAUGUAGGAAUCCUGGCUUUUGAUUGGUUCUCUAAAGUAAACAUCCACAUGAACAGAGAUUUAGAGAUUGAGAUGAAAAUAUCACCUCAUAAAAAGAUAGAUUUUCUUUGGCUUGUCCAGGAUGUGAGGAUUAUUUUUAGAUGAAGUUAUUUGAGUGUAGAAUGAGUCAGAGUGAGGUCACGAGGUCAAGAGGUCACGAGGUCACGUCUCCUGCAGCUAAUCUCAACCGCCUGAGUCGUCUUUACGUUCGUUGUAAAUCCGACUGACCGUGUGUUUUGCAGCAGGAAGUCGUUAGCUAGCCCCGCCUCCUCGUGACGAUGGAGUCCAGAGUCCGUCCCCGUCCAGGACGCUGGGUCCAGGGUAUUCUCAGAGGUCAAAGGUCACAGUCCGUCCUGUUUUAACAGCUCCACUGCAGCUCGUCGUUAACUCGUCCCCCGGGGACGGAUGGCGUCCUGAAAUGUGUCCGCUCACUGAUGUUUCCUCGUAUUGUAAACAUCAGCACAGACGAGCAGAGCGGUGACCUCUGACCUCUGCUGACUGCACACCUUCCUCUCCGUAGAAUCCUCCGCUGCCUUCGUGUCUUAUUUCCAACUCUGGAAGUUCAGACCUCGACUGGGGAGGAAACUUUUUCCACUUCCUGUCACAAAAUGACUGAAAGGAUUUGAUGCUGCAGAGAAUCUGAUUAGAUCAAAGUGAAUGUGCCUUUAACUGCAGCAGCGAGGCUCGACCAAUGAAAACCUUUGAUUCUCAUUCGGACAUUCAGGUUCAGCCAUGUGACCUUUGACCCAGAGACACAUGAUCGCAGCGUUUUCCACACUAACACUCAAAGUAUAAGUUUAUUGUUGUGAAUCUGUGUGUCAAACACCAGACGUCUGAUUAAUGCGUCUUCAUAAUGAGAAACCUUCAUAUUCAAAUGACUCUAAUAUCUCAAACUAAAGUUCCCACUCAGGAAGGUUUCAUGAUUUUUAUUCUCUCAUUCAGUUAUUAUGGAUUUUCUCUCAUUAUUGUUUUAAAAAUGUUCGCACAUUUUUGAAAGUUUCUAUGUUUUGAUAAAGUUUCAUUAUUUUUAGGACUGAUUUUGACGUCAGGAUGUUUUAUUGGUGGAAUGUUUCCUUGAUGUUAAAAUGCCUGUAAACUCCUCACUAGUAUGAAACGGUGUCACACCUGGGCGGAGCUGGAAAUGUGUACAUUCAUAUAUAAAGUAUAAAAACACUGUACAUGAACUACUGUAAAUAUGCUGAUGUUGAUCCACAAGGCGUCGGGGCCAUCCAGUGGUUUGAGUAGUCGGCUGCUCGUCAGUUCUCUGACUGAUGAAGAGCAGCUUCUCUUCUUCUUUCCUUCCUGUCUCCACAUCAUGGAUUGUAACUCUGUGAAUAUCGAAUCCUAAUCGACGACCAAAGUUUGUCUCAAGAAUCGACUUCAGAUUUCAAAGCUGUGUUUGCACACGUCCCCGGCAGUGCCUGCUCAUCUCAAUGCUUCAAAAAGAGCGCCCCCUGGUUUCUGCUCGAGACAAAGCCUUUGAUCUUUAACCUUUCAGAACCUACUGCUCCUAUGACAGGACGUGUUCGUCCUCGAGGAUCCAUCAGUCGCUCGGUGCCUUGAGAGCACAGAGCAGCUCGAGGUCCACGUUCAGCUCAUUGUCCCACAGAGCAGCUGUCUCUGAGGAUUCCUUGGUUUUUAGUUUUGAUCAAAGUCAUAAUCAUGUGAACGUUUUAUUUUAGUGAUUUUUAAACUAUUUUUUAUUCUUGGUGUUUGGAUGUUACUCUGUUCUGAUGAUGCAGCUCAACCUGUCAGCAGAGCUGGAGACUAAUAAAGUUUAUUCAACACGUGCA